UAAAACGAAAGUCUGACAUUGCGAGCACUCAAGUGGGAUUCGGUUAGCCCCGGCGAGAAAACCCGGAUCGAGAUGUUGCUCCCAGCCAGGCAAAUGCCGAUCCUGCUGCUCCUCCUCCCCCUGAUCCUGAUCCCCGUCAGCCUGGUGGAAUCUCGGGCCACCGUGGAACAACCGGCUGGGGAGCAGCUGUCGUCCUUUUGGCUUCGCCAGGCGCAGGAUUCGUUACGCGAACGUUUGGCGAGGUUUAAGGAUUCCAUCACGGAUGUGCGACGGGCCAAGAAUGUCGUGCUGUUAAUGGGCGACGGACUAUCGCUUACCACUCUUACGGCUGCCCGAAUCCUCAAGGGUCAGCGAAGCGGAGGACGCGGAGAGGAGGCUCGGUUGGCCGUGGAGCGAUUCCCCUUCGCCGGAUUGACCAAGACGUACUGCGUCGACGAGCAGACGCCGGACUCCGCCUGCACGGCCACCGCCUACCUGGGCGGCGUGAAGACCCAGGGUGGCACGGUGGGUCAGAGUGCCAGUGGCGAGCGGGUGGACUCCGUGAUCCAGUGGGCGCAACGGGCGGGCAAGGCGACCGGUGUGGUGACCACCACCCGGCUGACGGACGCCAGUCCCGCGGGAGCCUAUGCCCAUGUUCGAAGACGCGGCGAGGAGCUGGAGAUCGCCCGCCAGCUGGUGGAGGAGGAGCCGGGCAGGAGCCUGGAGGUGAUCCUGGGCGGCGGCUUCGGCAAGUUCGCCGGCGAGCGUCGCGAUGGCAAGGAUCUCCUCGCGCAGUGGCGGCAAUCCAAUCCGAAGGGCUGCCUCUCGCGAUCCUUGAAAGAGUUGAGGAACUGCAGCGGGGCAACGGGCAAGCUGCUGGGACUCUUCAGUGACAACCACAUGUCGUACCACCUGGCAGCCAGCAAGGAUCAGCCGAGACUCUCCGAAAUGGCAGUGGCUGCCAUUGAGAAGCUGGAGCGGAAGUCACAGGAAAGUGGAGACGGAAGUGGUUACUUUGUGUUCAUCGAGGGAGGGAGGAUCGACCAUGGACACCACGAGACGCGAGUGGGUUACGCCCUGGAUGAGAUGCUCGAGCUCGAUGCGGCAGUGGAAGCGGUGCUCAAGAUGAUUGACCCGAGGGAAACCCUGGUCGUGUUCACCGCUGACCAUUCGCACACUCUUAGCAUGGCGGGAUACGCCAAGCGGGGCACCUCCAUCCUGGGCAUGGACGACCACCAGAAGGACCUGAAUGGAGUUCCCUACAGCACUUUGAACUACGCCAUUGGCAAGUGGCAGAGCCUCGACAAGGAGGGAAGGAGGGAGAGUCCCAGCAAGACUUUGAGUCCAACCUCCUACACUCCGAGUUACAUUUCCGGACGGAAGGGCGUUCACUCUGGAGAGGAUGUGGCUGUCUUUGCGAUGGGACCGCAGUCGCAUCUCUUUGGCGGCAUCAUGGAGCAGAACCUGCUGCCCCACCUGAUGGGCUACGCCGCCUGUUUGGGCAGAGGAGUCACCCUCUGCAACCGGAACCAGGAUGCGAAGCCUGUUCCCCUUUAGAUUAUCGCAUGCGUGUAAAUUUCUGUUACUACUCGUUAAUUGUUUUAAGUAAAUUGCUUUGAAUCGUUUCCCUCUGAAAA